UCGCGUCUGGCCAGCGCGCGCGUCCCGGAAUCCGUUUCGCACGUAAAUCCGGUUCCGUCGUGAGUGAAAAGUGGUCCACGGUGUAGCUAGCGUUGGGUGCCAGUGGAAAACGGUGCUGGUUGCGCGAUUUUGUUGAUUUUCUGCUUGGUCUCUAAAGAGUUUGCGGGGGUGGACAUUGGGACAGCGGGAAGGUGCCUAGCUAGCCAGAGUGGGUUCCGAGAAGCGCCAAGAAUGUUGCGUUUUUGCAACUUGAUAGUGACAGACGGUUCGUGUUACGAUGCUUGUUGAGGUUUGAUAAAAAACUGCGGAGGUGGACAGUAAACCCGAUUCUCUCGGACCUGUUUGUAGCAGAGCGAAAAGUGUUCAAAAUUUACUAAGAAAUGCCUUCUGGAAAGUAAGAGUUGGUAAACAAACAAACGAGAAUUGCCAUGGCCGGUUACAAGUGCGUCAAUUUUGUGGACCUGUGCCGCUUGUGCGCCGGCAGCGGCAUCGGUGGCAAGACCGGAAUUUUCUCCGAAGAAGGCAAACGUAAAAAUAUGCUGACCAGAAUUAACUCAACACUGACGUUGAAGAUUCACGAAAAGGACCGCCUGCCAAAGGGCGUCUGUUCACGCUGCGUUCGCCAGCUGGAGGCCCACGUCGAGUUCCGGGAGGCGGUCCAGCGGGCCCAGGAAAUGCUGCAGAGUUGCCUCAACUCAACCAAGCUGAAGAAUGGCGGGAUGGUUUACAUCAAGGAUGAUUCUUCCGGCAAGGACGGCACGUCGUCGGCGGAAGCCCUGGAACCCAUCAAACCGGUGGAACUUGCCAGCCCUCCCCAGUUGCACCCGCUGCCAACGUUGCAAGCGAUCCAACAACCGCCGGCGUUGCCAACCCAGGUCAAGCCUCAACCUGCUCCGCCGACCUCGAUCUCGACGGCCACUCCGCCAACCAUGACGCCCAUCAUCAUCAACAGUCUCCCAAAAGGCUUCGUUCAAACCAGCUCCGGAGGAGCAGCAAGUGGCGUCCAGUCUGCUACCAUUAUGGCACCGAAUGCGGACUUCCUCAACAGUAUCAUGCAAGCGGUGGGGAUUCAGGCGCAAGGCAGUGCCAGUACAAGCGGAGAGGCGCAGCAGCAGACACAAAGUCAAGCUACUCAACAGCAGCAGCAGCAGCAGCAGCAGAUGGCGCAGUACACUAUCACGCUGGAUGGGCAGACGAUUAAGGCGAAUCAGAUUCAUUACAAGAUACAGGACUCGAAUCAAACGUUUGUGACCGGCGGGGCUGGUGGGGAUUCCGGGGAGCCGCAGCAGCAGCAGCAGACAAACUACACUCAAAUGGAUGAAUUUAUCAGGCUGAAAACGCCGGUCAAAUCUAUGAAGAAGGAUCCAGUUACGCCCGAAUCCGCUUCGAAGAAGCCCAAAUUCAGCGUUCUCAUCAAAUCACCCGCCGUCGCCUCCGCAUCUCAGCAGCCGCAGCAACAACAACCGACCCUGGUGGCCACCUCAACUCCCACGAAAUCUACUCCGAUGGCCAUCACGGCCAGUCCCAUCUCGAUCACGCCCAUUUCCUCCACGGCCACCCUAACCAGCUUCGCCAGCAGUCCCAUCAACACUUCCCAGACAAUCGUAACGAGUGCCAGCAGCAGCAGCAGUCCGAUGAAGUCGAUUCCGGUCACGUUGGACGCCAAGAUGUUCACUGCGGCGACGAGCCAAGGAAGCAACAAGGCUUGCAUGGUGCCGAUCAUGCUGAAGACUGAAGGCGGUGGGGAACAGAUCGCGCUGGCACCGAUCGCUGCCUCCGCUGGGAUGACGUCCGAAAUGGGCAAAAGUGUCGUGCCGAGUGUGCAGUACGUGCAGAUGAAGCUUCAACCGGGACCGGACGGGAUGUUCCGGCUGGCACCGGCCGGAAUGCCUCCGGCGUUGACGCUGACUCCGCAGGGCUUGCAGCAGUUUGGUAUUCAACCUCAACAGCAGCAGCAGCAGAUUCAGAUUCAGCCCCAGCAGCUGGCGAUGCCAAGCGUGCAGGUUCCCCUCUCCAACUAUCUCAGUCUAGUCGAAAAAUCCGGACAGGCCGCGCAGGUCACGCAAGCCGAACCCCAACCGAAUCUGGUCAUCACAACUCAACCGGUCCAGCAACAGCAACCUCAAGUACAACAGCAGCCAACUUCUCAGCUUCAACUCGUUCAAAGAUCUCAACCCCAACCGCAGUCCCUUCCGACUGUCCAACCGCCCAAACCAAAACCCCAAAAGCCCAACCCGCCAGCUCCUCCCCCACCAUCGCUAAAGCGUCGCGAGUCCGUCGAAGAUCUGCUAAACAGCUCGUCCGACUCCAGCAGCGGGGCAGGUUCCCUGACGGCGCAAUCGAUCGCGGCCACCCAGCAAAUGAAAGCGAUUUCGGCGCUCUCGAUCAAGCAGGACUUGGCGGCGGCUGCUGCGGGAGCCGGUGGCCAUCACGAUGCGGGAAGUGGCGGCAGUGGCGGCGCCAACGCGAACUCCGCGUCCGGAUCCGGUGGGGUUAGCUUCACGGCGUGUGACGUUUGCUCGAAGACGUUCAAGCGCAAGGAACAUCUGAUGCAGCACCUCAAAUCGCACGUUGGGCUGAGGCCGUUCAAGUGCGAGGAGCCCGGAUGUAGCAAGUCGUUCAGCAGGAAGGAGCACCUGAUGAGGCAUAUCGUGUCGCACACGGGGAAGAAGCUGUUUUCGUGUCCGGUAUGCAGGAAGUACUUCUCGAGGAAGGACAAUUUGAACAAGCACAAAAAAACGCACACGGAAAACAGUAGUUCGGCACCGUUUCACUGUUCCAUUUGCAGCAAGGGAUUCUACAUGAAGAGCCAAUUCCUGAAGCACAAGCAAAUGCACGAGACCGGCCAGAUUGGAGCACAAAAAGUCGUCAAAAAAGUUCAAACCAAAGAAAAGAGUGAAUCUUUAAGCACGCAACCACAAAAUCAGCCGCAAGUUCAACUUCAGCAACAGCAACAGGCACAGCCUGUCCAGCAGCAACCGCAACCUGUUCAGCAAACUCAACAACCCCAACAGCAACCCCAACAGCAGCAGCAAACACACCAAACCAUUCAAAUCCAGCAACCCAUCACCAUCCAGCAAACGAGCAUGCAACCCACGAGCGUAACGCUCCAACAAGUGUCCCAUCACCAUCAACAGCAGCAGCAGAUCUUCACCAUUCCCGCCCACCAACUUCAGAGCACCGCCGGCAAGGGCCAAAUCAUCCAAAUCGCGAUGCCAACCAGCAUGGCCCAACACCAUCAGCAGCAGCAUCAGCAACAGACGAUCCAAACCGUGUCCGGGGCCAGCCUGGCGGGAUUGUCCGCGGGGGCAAAAACCGCCAUCAUCAAGUCGGCGGACGGGAGUACGGCCACCGUGUACAACAUUCCUUCGAAUUUCAUCAUCGACGGGACGCAGUUUUUGAGUGCGGCGGCGUCACGGGAACUUAUGGGCAACAUCAAGAUCGAGCAGAUAUCCUAGGAGCGGCGGGAGGUGGUGUGGGUUAGCGGCGGCCACUGAUUUAACGCAUUCCCCGUGUUUUUAUUUAGUAGAAUUUUCUUGCUGCCAUAUUUUAAGAAACAAAAAUCAUUGAAGUCGUUUAUUGUGCCACCAGUCGUAGAUUUUACAUCACGCAAAAAAUAUGAAUCUCAAAACGCACAAUUAGUUCAGCAUUGCCAUAAGUUCAUUUCCGGUCGUUGCUCCGACAGCCAUCAACCAACUGUAUUAGCGAGGCCUCAUUUUUUGGCACGUGUGACCUUGGGGAGGCGUUCAAGCGUAAUCGAGGCACAUUUUAUGAGCACAUUGGCGUAUCAUUUCACCAAUCCCGAUGUAAAUAUAUCAACAGAGCCGGAAU